UUAAUUGUUUACGAGUGGACAUUCCCUGGGUCGCGUGUGUCUGUUUCCAUCAGGACUACUCAAUUUCAAUGCAAGCAUAGAUUAACUCGCGGGGGAAAAGCUUUGAGGAACCUUGUGUAGGCCUAACGUUUGAGUUUCUGAACCUGUGAAGACGAUCGGUUGCGUUUGUUUUCCACAUGCAUCAAAGCCUAAUCGCCUGAUAUUCGUCUGUUCUCUGAACUUCGAGGUAGAUAAAUCAGCGUGUGUCUUUAAGACCCAGCGGAGUCGCGAGCCGCCCUUGGGUUGGCUACCAGGCUCUCCGGACUGGAGCCGCUUAUUUGGGGGAGGCGCUGUAGCCAUUUCACCACUUAAAGCAAAGGGAGACGGAGUAGCAGCCCCGUUCCUGAGAAACACUUUAACUUGAGCCGUACAAACACACUUCCCCCCCUCCGGCGCGACGGAGCACGGUCGCAAGAGCAACGCCAACUUCCAGACCUCCAUCAGCAGCGCGCUGAACAACGCAGGUCCAGCGCUUCAGGGCUCGUAUCGUGUUCACAUCUCGUGCCCGUAUCUCGUAGCGUAUGUGGAGGUCAAACGGACGGUUCUAUGAGAAUCCCUACGCGAGACGAGACCAAGUUUGGUUGUUAGCUUAACGGGAGGCGAGAGAAGCGCGCGGGAAGGAACAGAAGGGAAGAUGGUUUGGAACGGUGCCGCGAGAGGCUGCUUGCUUUGCGUCCUCCCGUUGUGGCUCGGCUUUACGUCUCCCCCUUGUGAAGCUCGGAUUUACACCAACCAUUGGGCAGUGCUGAUAGAGGGGGGACCAGACUUCGCCGAGCGGAUAGCCAGCAAAUACGGCUAUAAGAACCUUGGUCAGAUCGGUGACCUGAAAGACUACUACCACUUCUUCCACAGCCGCACGAUAAAGAGAUCCACCCUCUCCAGCCUCGGCCAACACAGCUUCAUAUCUAUGGAGCCUAAGGUGAGCUGGGUCGAGCAGCAGGUGGUACGGAGGCGGGUCAAGAGGGAUUACAAGGCAGUGCCCCCUCCCCCCAGCCAGUCCUCCAUCUUCUUUAACGAUGCCAAAUGGAACAGUAUGUGGUAUAUUCACUGUAAUGGGGACCUCCAUAACUGCCAGUCUGACAUGAAUGUGGUGGGGGCUUGGAGGAGGGGCUACACUGGGAAGGAUGUGGUGGUCACCAUACUGGACGACGGCAUAGAGAGGAACCACCCUGACCUCAUCCAGAACUAUGACAGCCAGGCCAGCUACGACGUCAAUGGCAAUGAUAUGGACCCUAUGCCCCGAUAUGAUGCCAGUAAUGAGAACAAGCAUGGGACACGGUGUGCAGGUGAAGUGGCAGCAUCGGCAAACAACUCCCACUGCACUGUGGGAAUCGCCUAUAACGCGCGUAUUGGAGGUGUGCGGAUGCUUGAUGGCGAUGUGACUGAUAUGGUGGAGGCCAAGUCGCUCUCUCUGCACCCGCAGCACAUAGACAUCUACAGCGCCUCCUGGGGACCCGACGACGACGGCAAGACUGUAGACGGCCCCGCCGCGCUCGCCAAACAGGCCUUCGAGAACGGCAUCCGCCUGGGCAGGAAGGGCCGUGGCUCCAUCUUCGUGUGGGCCUCGGGCAACGGCGGGCGCAGCAGGGACCACUGCUCCUGCGACGGCUACACCAACUCCAUCUACACCAUCAGCAUCAGCAGCACGGCCGAGAGCGGACGCAAGCCCUGGUACCUGGAGGAGUGUGCCUCCACCCUCACCACCACCUACAGCAGCGGAGAGAACUACGACCGCAAAAUAAUCACUACUGACCUGAGGCAGCGCUGUACUGAUAAUCACACAGGCACCUCAGCCUCAGCACCCAUGGCUGCCGGGAUCAUCGCACUCGCCUUGGAGGCAAAUUCUCUGCUCACCUGGCGGGAUGUUCAGCACAUCGUAGUGAAAACAUCUCGCGCCGGUCAUCUGAGUGCGCCUGACUGGAAGACUAAUGCAGCUGGAUACAACGUCAGUCACCUGUACGGCUUUGGGCUGAUGGAUGCGGAGGCGAUGGUGCGGGAGGCGGAGAGGUGGAAGCAGGUCCCCAUGCAGCACGUCUGCCUGGAGAGCGCCGACCGCCAGAUCAGGACGAUUCGUCCGGAGCACGUGGUGCGCUCGGUGUACAAGGCCACAGGCUGUGCCGAGAGUCCCCAUCACCACGUCAUCUACCUGGAGCACGUGGUCGUCCGCAUCACCAUCACACACCCCCGCAGAGGGGACCUGUCAAUCAACCUCACCUCACCCUCAGGGACCAAAUCACAGCUGCUCGCCAACAGGCUGUUUGACCAUUCCAUGGAGGGCUUCAAGAACUGGGAGUUCAUGACCACACACUGUUGGGGGGAGAAGGCAGCAGGAGACUGGAUCCUGGAGAUCACUGACUCACCCUCACAGCUCCGCAGCCAGAAGGCACCAGGUAAGCUGAAGGAGUGGUCCCUGGUGCUGUAUGGCACCUCUAUGCACCCGUACUCCGGGCGCAGCGAGAAGCCCCGCUCCGUCUCCUCCGUCUCCUCCGUCUCCGCCGUGGAGCAGCCCGCCGACGAGGAGAUCCACGAGGAGUACAUCGGUCCCUGUGACCCAGAGUGUGCCAACGAGGGUGGCUGUGAAGGCCCUGGUCCCCAGCAGUGUAUUAACUGCCUGCACUACUUCCUCAAGUUCAAGAACAACACCAGGAUGUGUGUGUCUGACUGCCCGUCGGGCUUCUUCCGUGACGACCGGCGGCGCUGCAAGAAGUGCUCCGCCCUGUGUGAGUCGUGCCUGGGCAGCCGCAGCGACCAGUGCUCCACCUGCAGACCAGGCUUCUACCUGAAGGAGGGCGCCAACACCUGCGUGACCUCCUGUCCUGAUGGCUUUUACCUGGACCUGCAUUCAAACAUGUGCCGGAAAUGUCAAGACAACUGCAAGAAGUGCACUGCUGCAAGCAUCUGUACUGAGUGCAAGCCUGGUCUUAGUCUGCAGGACACCCGCUGUCAGCUGGCAUGUGAUCCGGGCACCUACUAUAACGGGCACAGACGGGCAUGCGAGCCAUGCCACUCCGCUUGUGCCACGUGUGCUGGUACAGGAAUGGAGGCGUGUCACGAGUGUGCGGAGGGCUACUACUUUGAGGACUGGAAGUGUGUGUCCAGCUGCAGCGUGGGAUACUACAUGUCGGAGCAGAAGGCCGAGAACGGAAACAUCCAAAAAUCUUGCAGCAAGUGUGAUCCCACGUGUUACUCCUGUACUGGGUCAGGAGAGCGGAACUGUAGCGCCUGUGUGAAUGGCUACAACCUGGAGGACGGCGUGUGUGUGGUCAGCACUAUCUGCAAAGAUGCAAAUGAAGAGUCGUGGGCUGAGGGCAGCUUCUGUGUUCUCGUGAAAAAGAACAAUCUGUGCCAGCGGAAGGUUCUGCAGCAGCUGUGCUGUAGAACGUGUUCCUUAAAGGGCUGAGGGGGGUGGAGGGGAGGGGAGGGGAAGGGAAGGAGGGGGGCGAUGACACCCCCGUCCCAUGCCCAACCCGCCCGCCCGCCCGCCCGCCCGCCCACGCCAAGCACGGGACUGCGUCUCCACAGGCGACGCCACGGCAACAACACACCUACCUUCUGUAGCGGAGCAUCAGCACUGCCUGAAUAAAAGUGAACCACGUGUCAGUAUUUAUGACCAAAGCACAGAUGCCAAAUCACCUGUCUGCUCUGUCCUGUCCCAGGAGUCCACUGUCUGUGUGUGUGUGUGUGUGUGUGUGUGUCUGUGUGUGUGUGUCUGUGUGUGUGUGUCUGUGUGUGUGUGUCUGUGUGUGUGUGUGUGUCUGUGUGCACGAGUGUGUGAAUGUGUGUGUGUGUGUGUGUGUGUGUGUGUGUGUGUUUUUGUUCUCAGAUCGUUCAUGAGCCCUCAGCAGCGUGUAAAUAAACCAGAUUAUCUCGUCUCCUCGUAUAGGGACAUCUCUGUUCGCACACGUGCACAUGCUCACACACACAAACACACACUCGUUUCCACUCUCGCACGCGCACGCACGCACACUUCUCCAUGUUCACCUGGUCCCAAACAUUCACUUCCUCACGCUCGUGCUCUCUUGCGUUCGCAGACUUCCACACGCACACGCACACGCACACGCAACACAUAAACGCACAUCAGGUCUGAUUUCACUAUCCUGUGGGCACACAAGACACGCUCAUGCUGUCAUACACAAAUGUGCACGUGCGCUCUCUCUCACACAGACAGACACACACACACACACACACACACACACACACACACACACAAAGGCACUCGCAUGCAAAUACAUGUUCACUCCCAGACACACUUGCCCACAGUUGCAAACAGACUUGGUCACGCCUGUGACACGGUCACAACCAGUGAUUUCAAACAAACCCACUCUCUCACACACGCUCACAGCCAGUGAUGCGCACACACCCACUCUCUCACUCUCUCUCUCACACGCUCACAUUCCUACUCACUCGUGCUCACUUACUUACACACACUCUCAAACCAGAGCCAGAGCCCCCCCCGCCCCCCCCCGUCACACACACAGACAAACACACAUAAUGUUGCAUUAAGUAGUAAAGUAAUGCAAUAAUGGAUGCCUCUAUAUUCCUAUGCUUUCAUUAAACAUGCUAAUCAUUAAUUUAUCUAAGUCCUGUAGAUAAUGUUUUGAUUAUUUUUAUUAAUUAAAUCCAGUGAUUUUUA